CAAAACUAUACUUUCUUACACAGCAAGUCGAUAAUGUCUUCGACAAAACACAUCUCACACAUUGUCUCCAUCACCUUCUUCUUCUGUUUUCUCCUCCAAUUUUCAUUUGCUCAAACCGUCGUGAAAGGCUCGUACUGGUUUCCAGAGAGUGAAUUCCCAGUCACCGACAUUAACUCAUCUCACUUCACUCACCUCUUCUGUGCUUUCGCUGAUCUCAACUCUCAAACCAAUCAAGUGACUAUCUUCUCUACUAACCAACCAAAAUUUUCAACUUUUACACAAACCGUACAACGAAGAAACCCUUCAGUGAAAACCCUUAUGUCUAUCGGAGGUGGGAUCGCUAAUAAAUCCGCGUUUGCUUCCAUGGCAAGUAACCCCACUUCUCGAAAAGCAUUCAUCGAUUCUUCUAUCAGACUUGCUAGGUCCAAUGGAUUUCAUGGUCUUGAUCUGGACUGGGAGUAUCCUAGUAGUGCAACGGAGAUGAACAACUUUGGGACGCUACUUCGAGAAUGGCGAUCUGCGGUUGCAGCAGAAGCAAGUAGCACUAGUAGACCGCGUUUGCUUUUGGCGGCUGCGGUUUUCUACUCCUCUGAUUACUAUUCUGUACUGUACCCGGUUCAAGCUGUUGCCACUAGCUUAGAUUGGGUUAAUCUUAUGGCCUACGAUUUUUAUGGACCAGGUUGGUCCACCGUGACUGGUCCACCGGCCGCCCUCAAUAACCCUUCAAACGCAGGUCCUAGUGGCGACGCUGGAGUGAGGGCAUGGAUUCAAGCCGGACUUCCAGCAGCGCAAUUAGUCUUGGGAUUUCCUUACUACGGUUACGCAUGGCGUCUCUCAAACGCCAACAGUCCUAGCUAUUACGCAGCCACCACUGGAUCGGCAAUAUCGCCGGACGGUUCGAUCGGAUACGGUCAGAUAAGAAAGUUUAUAGUGGAUAACGGAGCCACAACGGUUUAUAAUUCCACAGUUGUCGGAGAUUACUGUUAUGCCGGGACCACUUGGAUAGGGUAUGAUGAUAAUCAGAGUAUCGUGACGAAAGUGAGAUACGCUAAGCAGAAAGGUCUCCGCGGUUACUUCUCGUGGCAUGUUGGAGCUGACGAUAACUCUGGUCUAUCUCGUGCAGCGUCACGGGCAUGGGAUGCUACGGUGGCCACCACGGUUAUCCGAAAGAAGUUUUAA